AAAUCGUCGUGAUUGGAGGAUCAUACGGUGGCAUUGCCUGUAUCAAGCAGCUGCUACAUAGUCUCCCUAAGGAUGCAGAUGCAGCCAUCACACUAAUUGAAAGGUUUUUUUUAUGGCUAUGGCUAUUGCUUUAAUUUAGUAUUAAAUCAGACAUUACAUAGUUUAUGCAUAAGCAUACAACUAACGCCUGUUUUAAUGGAUUAUAUUUUUCUUAGUCGCGAUAAAAGGUUCCAUUGCAUUGCAUCCUACCGUGCAUUGGUCCAGAAGGAUUUUGCCAAAAAUCUCUGGAUCCCAUACACCAAUCUUUUCUCUAAGGAUUCCGCCCAUAGAGUGGUCCGUGGCACAGUCAAGAACAUAUUCUAUGAUCAUGUUAUCCUUGAUGCUGGUGAACAAUCUUCGUCCGAUAUCACUCUAUCCACUUAUCACCCUGAAACUGAUCCUCAGAGAAUCAACUUUGACUAUCUUGUGAUCGCUACAGGAUCUCAAGUCCCGGCGCCUGCUAAGUGGGAUGUCGAUAAUUCUGCAGAUGGACUUAAACUCUUGGACCAAGCCCGUGAAGAUCUUGAGGCAUCUGAGCGAAUUGUCAUCAUUGGUGGUGGAGCAUGUGGAUGCGAAGAGGCCGGCGAAAUCAAAUAUCGCUAUCCAAAAAAAAGCGUAACAGUGAUUCAUGAAGGACCAGCAUUGGUCGACUAUCCGGGAUAUCCUCAAAGCUUCAAGGAUGAAGCGCGUCGCUUCUUAGAAAAUCAAGGGGUUGAGGUGAUUUUAAAUGAGCGUGUAGAAAUCGAGGGCCUAUCGCGAGAGAAUGGUAUUCAAAAAGCCGAUAGGACUAUCAAACUCAAGCACUCUGGCAGGACUAUUCAAAGCGACAUGCAGUUCUUUUCGACUGGCAUGAGCGUUGACACUCAGCUCCUUUCUACUCUUCUUCCGUUUCCAGCGGUUUCGAGUGACAAAAAUAAAGAUGCGUUUGAUUUCAAGUCUCUGCUUGACCCAAAGACAAAGGCGAUUCUAGUCAAAUCAACACUGCAGCUCGACAACGACGCCUUUCAACACAUCUUUGCGAUCGGUGACGUGUCUAAAGCGGAUCCUGUGCUUACAGCGCAAGCGGCCGUCUCGGCUGGCGAAACGGCUGCCUGCAACAUUGUCAAAUUAAUCCAAAAUGCCAAGAGCAAACAUGAAGCUAAAGACUCUCUUUGUCACUCCAGCUACAAACUCGAGAAGUAUCAGCAUACUCGGCCUUUGAUGGUCUUGGCAAUGAAUCCCAAAGGGGGAGUGACUCACUUGCCAGUCCUCGGGACCUGGUUUGGUAAUCUAGGCGCAUGGCUUGUAAAGUCAAAUGAUCUGUUCUCUGGCCGCUUCUGGCAUGAGAUGAACAUGCAUCGGCCGUAAGCAUUAUAAAACAUCAUAUAGCACCUCGCAAUUACCGCCACUUGUAGAUACAUCCAGUUCUGCUCUUAAUACAAACUAGCCCAUUGCUUUUCCACA